CAGAACAUGAGCUCCCACCUCUCCGAGCGGUUGGUUUCUCUCCAGCACUCCGCUCUGUGCUGACUGAAAGUGCUGUUGUUUAGGAGCAAUAAAAAGAGAAAAGGAAAACCUCCAAGCCCGGUUACCGCUUCUGCUUUUUCUUUUUGGAUGCGCCAUGCAAUCUCGCUGGUGGAGGAGUUGUGGCGUUCGGCUGGUGGCAUGGACGUGGGUUUGGAGUCUUGCGUGGUGCAUCCCCGCAAAUGAAGUGAACCUGCUGGAUUCUCGCUCUGUGAUGGUAGACCUGGGAUGGGUGGCCUACCCUAAGAAUGGGUGGGAGGAGAUCGGCGAAGUGGACGAGGACUACGCCCCCAUCCACACCUACCAAGUGUGCCGGGUGAUGGAGCAGAACCAGAACAACUGGCUGCACACCAACUGGAUCCUGACCGAGGGCGCCCAGCGGGUCUUCAUCGAGCUCAAGUUCACCCUGAGGGACUGCAACAGCCUGCCCGGUGGGGUGGGAACCUGCAAGGAGACCUUCAACAUGUAUUACUACGAAACCAACGGGGACGAGGAGGAAAUGGAGGAGGGGGAGAUGAGGGACGGAACGGGCAUGACUGAGGAGGAGGACCGGCUGAUGAAGGAAAGCAGAUACAUCAAAAUUGACACCAUCGCAGCCGACGAGAGCUUCACAGAGCUCGACCUGGGGGACCGCGUGAUGAAGCUGAACACCGAAGUGCGCGAUUUAGGCCCUUUAACGCGGAAAGGCUUCUACCUGGCGUUUCAGGAUUUGGGCGCCUGCAUCGCCCUGGUCUCGGUGCGGGUUUUCUACAAGCGCUGCCCGUUUCUGGUGAAGAGUCUGGCCGAGUUCCCCGACACCAUCCCGGGCUCGGAGGCCUCGCAGCUGGUGGAGGUAGUGGGCCGCUGCGUUAACAACUCCCUGCCUUUAUAUGAGCCUCCCAGGAUGCAUUGCAGCACGGAGGGAGAGUGGCUGGUGCCUAUUGGGAAGUGCGUGUGCCAGCCGGGGUUUGAGGAAAUCAGCGGAUCCUGUCAAGUGUGCAAGAUGGGGUUUUACCGCUCGCUGCUGGAGUCGGCGGCCUGCAGUAAAUGUCCGCCGCACAGCGUGGCCCGGCAGACGGGCGCCACCGCCUGCAGCUGCGAGGACGGAUACUACAAGAUCGACUCUGACCCUCCCAACAUGGCCUGCACGCGCCCUCCUUCUGCUCCACGCAACGCCAUCUCCAACGUCAACGAGACCAGCGUCUUCCUGGAGUGGUCUGUUCCCAUGGAGACGGGCGGCAGGAAGGACGUGCGCUACAACAUCCUGUGCCAACAGGUCCUGCCAGACGGACGGGGCCUGGAGGAAUGCGGCGCCAACGUGCGGUUCCUGCCGCGUCGCGUCGGCCUGUCCAACACCUCGGUGAUGGUGGCCGACCUGCAGUCGCACACCAACUACAGCUUCCUGCUGGAGGCCGUCAACGGGGUGUCGGAGCUGGCCAAGGACCACGCGAAGCAGUAUGUGUCACUGAACGUGACGACCAAUCAGGCAGCCCCCUCCCCAGUGAGUGUGAUAAGGAAAGGUCACACGGAGAAGAGCAGCAUCGCCCUUUCUUGGGCUGAGCCUGAUCGUCCCAACGGCAUCAUCCUGGAGUACGAGAUCAAGUACUUUGAAAAGGAGCAGGACUCCAGUUACACGAUAAUAAAAUCCAAAGAGACGGAGAUGGUGGUGGACGGUCUGAAGCCGUCUUCAGUUUACAUCUUCCAGGUGCGAGCCAGGACCUCGGCGGGCUACGGCGCAUUCAGCCGGCGGUUUGAAUUCCAGACCAGCCCUUACUUAACUGCCACCAGUGAGCGAGCUCAGGCCUCCAUAAUAGCGGUGGCCAUUACGCUGGCUCUGGUCCUCCUGGCAGUGGUCGCUGGAUUCCUGCUGAGCGGACGGCGAUGUGGCUACAGCAAAGCAAAACAGGAUCCUGAAGAGGAGAAGAUGCACUUCCACAACGGCCACAUUAAGUUCCCCGGGGUGCGCACCUACAUUGACCCCCUCACCUACGAAGAUCCCAACCAGGCAGUGCACGAAUUCGCCCAGGAGAUCGACGUCUCCUUCAUCUCCAUAGAGCGGAUCAUCGGAGCCGGGGAGUUUGGAGAGGUGUGCAGCGGACCACUGAGGCUGCCCGGGAAGAGGGAGAUCCAGGUUGCCAUCAAGACCUUGAAAGCCGGAUACACGGAGCAGCAGAGGCGCGACUUCCUUUGGGAGGCGUCAAUCAUGGGCCAGUUCAACCAUCCCAACAUCAUCCGGCUGGAGGGCGUCGUCACCAAAAGCAAACCGGUGAUGAUUAUCACAGAAUACAUGGAGAAUGGAUCCCUGGACACAUUCCUUAAGAAAAACGACGGUCAGUUCACUGUGAUCCAGUUGGUGGGGAUGCUGCGCGGCAUCGCGUCUGGCAUGAGGUACCUGUCCGACAUGGGCUACGUCCACCGGGACCUGGCAGCUCGUAACAUCCUGGUGAACAGUAACCUUGUGUCUAAAGUGUCCGAUUUCGGCUUGUCCCGAGUCCUGGAGGACGACCCGGAGGCUGCGUACACCACACGGGGCGGCAAGAUUCCUAUUCGCUGGACGGCUCCUGAGGCGAUCGCAUACAGGAAGUUCACCUCAGCCAGCGACGUGUGGAGUUACGGCGUUGUGAUGUGGGAGGUGAUGUCAUACGGCGAGAGGCCGUACUGGGAGAUGUCCAAUCAAGAUGUAAUAAAAGCAAUAGAGGAGAGCUAUAGGUUGCCAGGUCCUAUGGACUGCCCCGAGGCUCUGUACCACCUAAUGAUGGACUGCUGGCAGCGAGAUCGCAGCAGCCGGCCCAAGUUCGAUGAGAUCGUCUGUCUACUGGACAAACUCAUCCGCAACCCCAGCUCAUUAAAGAAACUGGUCAACUCGUCGCACAGGGUCUCCAACCUGUUAGUGGAGCACGCCAACGUCCAAGGGGACUGCAGCGCUCGCAGCCAGACUGUGGGGGAGUGGCUGGACUCCAUCAAGAUGGGUCGUUACACUGAGCUCUUCAUGGGAGGAGGUUAUUCUACACUGGAGACGGUGGCUCAGAUGACGUCAGAGGAUCUGCGGCGAGUGGGCGUGAAUCUGGCCGGCCAUCAGAAAAAGAUCAUCACGAGCAUCCAGGAGAUGAGAGUCCAUAUGAACAGCACCAACUCUACUGUCAACAUGUGAUGCAUAUGUACAGGCAAACCGCACGCAUACACACAUACACGUAUACAUUCACAAUAUAUGGACCUAGUGUGUGACGAGAAGACUCCGAUUCGCUGUUGGACCUAGAGCAGCUUAGCACUUUCUACGGACCAGGACACCCAGUGGUAAUGGAUUUUACACUGGAGGACCCACAUUUUGACUGUGGUUCUUGUGAGUGGAGUUUGCUUGUGGUGUCACCGGGGGGGGGAUAUUUGACAUUGCAGCGCUUAAACCAAACUGAACCGAACUGAGUGGUGCUACACGAAGGGGAAGACGCCGGUGGGAUGGAUGGACCGAACUGACUUACACUCCAGCGAAGACUUUUUUGCAUUCUAAUUAUUCCAUUUGUGUGAAUCUUGGGGAUUCUGAAAUCUCGUGCACUGUUUGGAUUGCCUCAGAUCUGACAUGAAGCAUGAGACUGUAGAUCUGGCUCUGAGGACAACCAGCACUUUUUUGUUUUUUUGGGCUGUAUCACAAACAUUGGAGUUUCAUGCAGCCUGACUCGGGUGAUCUGAGCCCAACGGAUCUGAACAGCACUCGCUGCUUCUUCUUCUUCUUCUUCUUCUGACAGUUUUCUAUGGACGUACAGUUCCAUCAUUCUCAGGCAGUGAUAACAUGUAAUAAUGGAUCAGCAACAAAUUGGUUCGGUCUUUGUUUCCCUUUCAUUUGCAGCUGUAAUCCAGCUGUGCGAGGUCCAGACUCAUAAUCAGCUUCAUAUUCUUCAUUAUCCUCCCAAGAAAAAAAUGUAUUAGAUAUCAUUUAAAGAGGCUGGGAUUUGAAAUUAAGAACAAGAGGUUAAAAAGAUGCAAGGUUUCAGACUAUGUGAUUCUCUCUACAUGUGUUUUUCUGGCUGAAUGUAUAGCACUACACACAACACGUUCAGUUGCAGCAUCAAUGUCAUGUAAAUGCUGUUAAACACGGAUGGAAUGUGGCAAUCGAACCAUUCUGCUCCUUAAAACCAGCUCCUGAAUGAAGCCGCAGAUUGUACGAGAGAUUCAUCGGAAUCCUCCGUCAAGAAUCUCCACUAAGACCAUGAUUGAUGAGUUCCCCCCCCUGUACUUGAUAUUUCACUCAUGUCUCAAUGGAACCGUCUCUGCUGAGGAACCCGCAGAACACGGAGAGUCUAGCAGAAGCGUUUACAGAGAUUCGACUGGCUCCAUUUUGACAUCAAGGCAUCGUUCACCCAUAAUUCUGACGAGCUGUCAUCUAAAAAUCGCACGUCAUCAUGUUGAAAUCCAUUGAGAUAUUCAGUCCAAUGGAGAGUUCAGUGGAUCCCGAUGGAGCUUAUGUCCAUAAACUGCAUCUGAGAUUCUCACGCAAAAGGAUCCACCAGAUUCGAGCUGGACUGUUUACUGAUCCUCUAACGGAACCUGGAUUUCCUGUGGGGUUCCAACACAGAGCGCACUCGGAUCUUCACUUAAAAACCAACAACCUUCAGGUACUGCAGAAAAAAAACCCUCAGCAAAUCCGUUCAGUCCACCACGCCGCAGACUCCCUCUGCAGCCCCCCUCCCCCCCACGCACCCGCCACGCCACAAUAAACCUCACUUGGACAGGACUGCUGGAAAUGAGGAGGCAAUAUUGAUCAACUUGAUAAUCAUUUAUUUAUUUAUACUUGUUGAAGGAAAUGAGCAAAAAAUGGUGUAGACAGCUUGUGUGUUCCUCAUGAUUCUCUCUCGUACUACUGAGCAACUCUGCCUACACGUUUUUUUCAUGUAUAUAAUGUACUAUAUAUUUAAAGCAGGGAACAUCAUUCUUCUACGUCUGCCAUCACGUGGACAAGUCGGUUUUGAUCGAGCAUCUCAGAGUAGGAAACCUUAGUGACGAAUGUUCAAAAUCAACAUCUCGAACCAGGAGAUCCGUCCCCAACCGAGACGGCCGGAGUGGGUUUAAAUAUUAUGUUGUCGAUGAUUGUGUUCAGUUUUAAAGUUUGGUGCAAGACCUGGAACUAUUUCCAACGGGCCUAAAAAGCAGGAGAAGUAUGCGCGGGGAUUUGAUAUAUGAACCUCUGGUGUAUGGGUUAAAUGUAUACAAUGAUGUCAAUGAUCGAGCCCGUGCUUUUACUUCUCCUUUCGUGGGGGGGUAUGUUAGACGUUACUACUCAGUGCUUUAUCGCUCAAACUUGACCCAUUUCACCGUCAUCGUGUUCACGUAAAUCAGGAGCUUGAGUUCUGAGAUAUUUAUCUUCUUCGGCGGAUGACAUGCUACUAUUUUUCUUGGUUGCACGCAGCGUUUCUGCUGGUGCUGUGGGCGUAAAGAGUGCAAACGGAAUGAGAUUGUUAAAAGUUAGUUUUUAUAAGUGGUGGACUCACCUGACUGUAUGAAAAGCAGAGAAAAGCACACAAGAAGAAUGUAAGGUUCUAAAGGGGUAUUCCGCUUUUUCUUUUUUCUAUAUUUUAAGAGAACACGUUUGUCUUUUAAACACUCAGACCUCCAUGUGAGUUCAGAUAUACACAUCUUGACCGGCUCCGUAAAAAGAAUGCAAGCGGGGAAUGGUUGCAAUUUGAUAUUCUACAAGGGGGGGAUGUGUUUUUAAAAGUCAAAAUGUUCUACCAGAGUGAAAGUUCGCUUGAAAUCUAAAUAAUAUCUGCAUAGUCUCUUUAGUCUGCAUUCAUCACCAUGGAGAUUUGGCCCUAGCUUAUUCUAUAUAAUGGUUUUAAUGGUGGGAAACUAUUUAAAACCACAAGGUCCUUUCUUUGGCAGUAAAACAAGUAUGCAGAGUUUUGCGACUAUGCAGAUCUUUACUUUUGUUUGGGGAGGAAUGCAUCAGUGAUAUGGUGCCAUUUUUUUUUAUAGUAGACAAUAUAAGGCAUGUACAGUGAAAGUGAUCGGACUGGGUGCGUUUAAAUUUGACCACCCAGCGUGUUUUCAAGUAAAGCUUUUGUAGUACACAGGAAUUACUCUCACGGGAGUUUCGAUCCUGCUCAAAUUUCAUAUUAUUGGCUUUUUACCAACCCACCCGUCUGUUUUGAUUUUUAACCUAAAACCUUUGCCUGGGACAUGAACAAUUGGUGAACAGUACACCCUUAUAAGUGCCUCUCAUCUUUCGAGCACCGCUACGUCCUCCCCUGCCAAAACGCUAUGCCCCAGUUGUGCCCCCCCGACUUUCUACAGUAUAUAUUUACUUUUUGCCAACAAUAUCUACAGGCAAUAAGAAGAAUGUCAGACAAUGUGUAUGUUGGAACUAAUUUAAUUUGCACUUUAUGAGAAAUCCGUCGCCCUUUCGUUUGACUAAAAUGUCUCAAGGUGACUUACUUUUUAGCAUCAAAGUUUUCUUAAUGAUUUACUAUAUAAUUGCUAUAAUUGCUGUUGUUCCCUGAUGCUGAUUAUAUCGCUACGUAAUCUAAACGCUUCCCAUAGUGUAAACAUUUGACAGCUAAGCACAAGGCAUCAGUAAUAUUUUUACAUUUUAACAAAUCAAAGCUAUAUAUAUAUGUGGAGAACGAAAGCAUCACUGAUGUAGAGCACCGUUUCCUCAUGUACGGCACAAAUACACCUUCAGAGCGUAAGCACAGAGUUUUACAGGAAGUAGGAAAGACGUCGAUCGCAGUAUCCCUCGAUGUCAACAAACUCGAGUCAGACAUUUUGUUAUUGGCAGUAUUUGUGGCUGUUCAGCAGGUUAGCACAAAGGUCGAUGGAUGUAGCUGGAAAAAGUAUCGUCAUUGAUUUAAAUGAUUUAUUCUCAGCAUUUCUGCAACGGCGUGAUUUUAUCCUGACUGCCUCGUGGUUAAAAGCAGCAGCAAAAGACGAGAGGUUAAUUGAUGUGUUGUUUCUAUACGAUGACUGUCAGCCGUCCACCAUGCAGAGAAGUAUGAAGUAUGAAGGAAGCAGUUUUGUAAUAAAAAUGAAAAUGUAUAACGCAUUUGGUUUAACAACUUUGCUCGUUGAGACGGACUUACAGCAGAAGGUAAUCUCAUUUAUUUAUAUCGACAUUUAUCAACAUACACGGAAGGUUCUUGCAUUUUAAUUUGUUCACAUUGGGGCUCAGUGGGAAAUGGCUUCAUAAUGAAAGCACUGCAUUUACUGUUGGUUUGACUGAAGUCGAGCAAAUGUACAAAAGCAAUACCUGAUACCUAAUAUUAGCAAAAACUCACACACAAACGCAUGGGGAUAUAACGAAAAAUAGAAGGUUGCACUCAUGUCUGAAUGGUUUGAAGACACUAAAUUAUGAUGAAAAAUACAUGUUGGUGUCUUUAAAAAACUUCAGAAAUAAAGCAGAGAAGUGGACGGGGUUAAUAUCUGGGACCUGGUAACAAUCAGUGAUACUGUUUCUGACUGAUUAAGCAACUUUACUUGUCAGUUGAAUCCUCACAAACCUGAGACAAAGUUAAAGUGCAGAUAAAAUCAAUAUUGACAUGUUCCUGGUUGCCAGGACGUCGUCAAUAAGCAGGAACUGAUUUCACAUCUGACAUCAUCAUCAUAGCAACAGCCAAUUAGGCUUGUGGGUGAUGUAGUAUCGUGUAAAAUUUAACAAACAACAUUAAAGGGAUUAAACUGAAUCUCAAAGGCUAAUGUGAGAUGAAAGAUUUUAACAGAUAUCAGAGACUCCAGGUUUUAUCUGUUGAGUAAUUUUUAGUAAACUUUCAAUUGCAGAUUUGGGGGGGGGGGGGAACCUCCAUGUUACCAUUGGCCCCGUCCACUUCAAAACUCGACAGUUGACUUCUCAGGAAGUGGAAAGAUGGGUUCACUCAUUGCAACGUGACACACGUGGUCUUAGGGGAAAAAGAUGUGCAGCUUUCACUCAAAGUGUCAACAUACAAAAAGCAGGUUUGCAGUUCUUAGUUGUUUUUUUCCCCAGGUCAAACGAUCGUGUUCUCCAUAACUCACGCAUAAAGUUUUAAACGAUUUGAAUAACUGUUUUGUGAUUCAUUGAAAGCACAGUAAAAAUACUUAACUAUCGAUGUGCUAUUGGUUUGUCUUUGAGACGUGUCAUGUAUUAUGUUUGUGUUGAUGUUUUUGUAGUGUGUUAUCAAAGUCUAUAUUUUUGCAAUAAAACAUUUUUAAAAAUGA